UUGACUACAUGCCCCGUGUAUUAGUCCUAGUUGUUCGAUAAAACAAUCAAUACUGUAUAUUAUGAGGUGUAUAUCCCUGAUACAGCUCAUAGCAAGACUGUGUAAUGUAUAUAUGUAGGAGGCCAAGUGCAGUACUAUACAACAAGCCAUAUACCUUAUACUACAAGACUGUGUAAUGUAUAUAUGUAGGAGGCCAAGUGCAGUAGUAUACAACAAGCCAUAUACCUUAUACUACAAGACUGUGUAAUGUAUAUAUGUAGGAGGCCAAGUGCAGUAGUAUACAACAAGCCAUAUACCUUAUACUACAAGACUGUGUAAUGUAUAUAUGUAGGAGGCCAAGUGCAGUAGUAUACAACAAGCCAUAUACCUUAUACUACAGACUUGUAGAUAUAUAGCUCAAAACCCGGAAUACUCCCUUUAUACCACAGGUGACUACAAGGGAUCCCAACAGGUGAUAAUGUAUAAAAGUGUCCCCAAUCCUGUACAUAUAAACCCCUGACUCUGGUUCUUUGAUAUUCUUAGUAUAAAGCAAGUGCUUCCCAACCAGGGGGCCUCCAGCUGUUGCAAAAACUACAACUCCCAGCAUGCCUGGACUGUCCAGGCAUGCUGGGAGUUGUAGUUUUGCAACAGCUGGAGGCACCCCGGUUGGGCAACACUGGUAUAAGCGCACGGUGUGAAUGUGGAUGGCGGCAGGUGAAGGGUUAAAAGAUGUAAAGGCUGGUGUGAUGGGAUGCUGAGCCUCCGUUCUGGGAGCUGGGGGAGGCUACUCUAGUAGCCGGGGUCUCUGGGAAGCCUUCAUACACACACUCAGCUCCAUGUGACAAGAUCUCAAAUCAAAAUGAUAAAUCGCAGCAAACUUUUUUGGCAGAGGGUUGAGGUGAAGAGCGCAUGCGCGAAGGUGUCUAAACUGACAAUGCUGGGGAGAUAGCGAGUCCGGAAUGAGAAGGGGAUUGGGAGAGUGAAAGAGGGAACAGACAGAGAGAAAAAAAAAAUAAGGAAAAGAUCCAAGGGAAAUCUCCAGCAGAUCCUCCUCGCAGAGCUGUCACCAUGAGGUCCAAGGGCCGGGCAAGGAAGCUGACCACAAGUGACAAUAUUUCUACUGAAAUAGAUGGAGUGGUAAAUGGAGAGUUGUCACAUUUUGAUGAUGGGACUGGCACUACGUCAGGAUCAAAUUUUCCAGAUCUCUCUUCACCAGCCUCUUCUAGUGAUGAAUUUACGCCUAAGGAAGGAUCACCAUACAGGGCGCCCAUUUAUAUACCAGAUGACAUUCCAAUACCUCCUGAAUUUGAACUUCGAGAAUCUAGUAUUCCAGGUGCAGGAUUGGGAAUAUGGACAAAAGAAAAAAUAUCAGCAGGAGAAAAAUUUGGACCAUAUGAAGGAGAACAUUGUAUGCAUCUCGAAAACUUACUGUCUGGUUGGGAGAUCUUGGAUGAAGAUUGUAAUGUGAAAUUCUGCAUCAACGCCAGUCAACCAGAUGUAGGCAACUGGCUGAAAUUUAUCAGAUUUGCUGGAUAUUACUAUCAGCACAAUUUGGUGCCCUAUCAGCUAAAUGACCAGAUAUUCUACAGAGUUGUAGCUGACAUUGAGCCAGGCGAAGAGCUCUUAUUGUUCAUGAAGAGUGAAGAUUAUACUCAUGUAACAAUGGCUCCUGACAUCCAUGAGGACUGUCAGUAUCGCUGUGAGGAGUGUGACCAGCUGUUUAAUACCAAUGCCGAACUCGACGAUCACCAGAAGUUUCCCUGCGGCACACCCCACUCCGCCUUUUCAAUGGUUGAGAGCAACUUUAAUCAAAAUCUCGAUGAUGAUGAUGACAAUGACCUCAUUGAGAUGCAACACUCUCAUGAGUGUAAAGAAUGUGAUCAGGUGUUCCCAGACAUACAGAGCCUGGACAAGCACUUACAAUCUCACACAGAAGAGCGCGAAUAUAAAUGUGAUCAGUGCCCUAAAGCCUUUAACUGGAAGUCCAACUUAAUCCGCCAUCAGAUGUCACAUGAUACUGGAAAGCACUAUGAGUGUGAGAAUUGCUCCAAGCAGGUUUUCACGGAUCCUAGCAACCUCCAAAGGCACAUUCGCUCCCAGCAUGUAGGAGCUCGAGCCCAUGCUUGUUCUGAGUGUGGCAAAACAUUUGCAACCUCAUCAGGUCUUAAGCAACACAAGCACAUUCACAGCAGCGUCAAGCCCUUUGUAUGUGAAGUCUGCCAUAAGUCUUAUACUCAGUUUUCAAACCUCUGUCGACACAAGCGCAUGCAUGCAGACUGCAGGACUCAGAUCAAAUGCAAAGACUGUGGACAAAUGUUCAGCACUACAUCAUCACUUAAUAAGCACAGGAGAUUUUGUGAGGGGAAGAAUCACUUUGCUGCUAGUGGAUUAUUUGGUCAAGGACUUUCACUUCCGGGGACUCCCUCCUUGGACAAAGCUUCAAUGAUCAACAUGAAUCAUGCGGGCACAGGACUUGCAGACUACUUUGGUGCUAGCCGGCAUGCUGCUGGUCUUACUUUUCCCACAGCACCUGGAUUCUCUUUUAGUUUUCCAGGUCUGUUUCCCUCAAGCCUAUAUAGACCUCCAUUAAUGCCUGCCAGUUCUCCUGUGAAAGGACUUCCAAGUAUAGAACAGGCAAAUAAGAGUCCCCAUUUGAACCGGCCACAGAUCUUACCAGCAACACAGGAUAUUUUGAAAGCACUGAAUAAGCACCCACAUCUGGGUGAAAAUAAAUCCAUGGAUUUUAUAGGAGAAAAUAUAUCUGACCAAAGGCCUCAUGACAAAAUGAGUGACCAGUCAGAGAGCAGUGACCUUGACGAUGUCAGCACUCCAAGCGGUAGUGACUUAGAGACAACGUCUGGCUCUGAUCUUGAAAGUGACAUUGAGAGUGAUAAAGAAAAAAUGAAGGAAAAUGGCAAAAUAUAUAAAGAGAAAGGAAGCCCUUUGCAAAAUCUUGCAGCCUUGAACAGUAAACGUGAAUUUAACAGUCACUCGGUUUUCUCGCCCUGCUUGGAGGAACAGACUGCUGUUUCAGGGGCUGUUAAUGAUUCCAUAAAGGCAAUUGCCUCCAUUGCUGAAAAGUACUUUGGUUCAACUGGACUUGUAGGUCUGCCAGACAAAAAAGGAGGAUCUUUACCCUACCCAUCUAUGUUCCCUCUUCCCUUUUUUCCUGCAUUUUCUCAAUCAAUGUAUCCAUUUCCUGAUAGAGACGUAAGACCUGCUCUUCCAAAAGUUGAACCAGAGUCCCCAAAAGAAAUAAAGAAGGCUCCAAAGGGUACUUUAGAGUCUCCUUUUGAUCUUACUACAAAACGGAAGGAAGAAAAAGUUGUAUCAAAUGUGCCCUCAAAGCCACUGGCUCCAGGGUCUUCUGGUGGGGAUCAGCCUUUGGACUUGAGUAUGGGAAGCAGAAGUCGAGCUGCACCAACAAAACAGGCUGAGCAGCCAAGAAAGAACCAUAUAUUUGGAGACAAAAAAGAUGGUGAAGCAGAACCAACAAAAACAUCUGAACACUGUUUGCAGCAUCCCAGACCGGCACCUUUCUUUAUGGAUCCCAUCUACAGAAUGACUGAUGAUAACCUGAAUAUCGACAAUUGCAGGGUAGAAAAGAGAAAACUAAUGGAUCCACUAGAGGUUCUAAAAGAAAAAUAUUUAAGACCUUCUCCUGGAUUCUUAUUUCAUCCACAGUUCCCGCUGCCUGAUCAGAGAACCUGGAUGUCAGCAAUAGAAAAUAUGGCUGAAAAGUUGGAAAGCUUCAAUGCUCUUAAACCAGAAUCCAGUGAGCUGUUGCAGUCCGUUCCUUCCAUGUUCAAUUUUCGAACCUCAUCAGCCGCCCUUCCUGAAAAUAUUCUUCGAAAAGGCAAAGAACGAUAUACUUGCAGGUACUGUGGAAAAAUCUUCCCCAGAUCUGCAAACUUAACUCGCCAUCUGCGGACCCACACCGGAGAGCAGCCUUAUCGAUGCAAAUACUGCGACCGAUCCUUCAGUAUCUCUUCGAAUCUCCAGAGACAUGUCCGCAACAUUCACAACAAAGAAAAACCAUUCAAAUGUCAUCUUUGUGAUAGAUGUUUUGGUCAGCAAACCAACCUGGAUAGACAUUUAAAGAAACAUGAGAAUGGGAACAUAUCUGGUACAGCUGCAUCCUCCCCUCACUCAGAAUCUGAAGGCACCGGUGCCAUUUUGGAUGAUAAAGAGGAUUCCUAUUUCACUGAAAUAAGAAAUUUUAUUGGGAAUAGUGGUCAUACCAAAAAUUCCCCCUUACACCCAGAAGAAAGGAUGAAUGGUGCUCAUGAUAAAAUAAUGCUGACGGGUCAGAAUUCUGAUAUCCUUGAUGAUGAUGAGAUUGAAGAUGAUGCUAUCUUGGAUGAAGAUGAUGAAGAAAGUGAUAUUGCAGGGAAAUCCAUGAAGGAACCCAACUCAAGCCUACUUGAAAAUUGCAAUGACAAUGAUUUUAAAGAAGCAAGUAAAGCAGAAUUAAACUGCAAGGUCUCACCCAGCAGAUAUGAGGAUGAAGAUUUCAAAACUGGCCUUUCUGCAUUGGAUCACAUAAGGCACUUCACAGACAGUCUUAAGAUGAGAAAAAUGGACGAGAGUCAAUACAAUGAUGAUGAUCUUUCUCCUUACACCUCUUCUCAUUUGACAGAAGACUUAAAACCGCCAAUAUAUAGGAAAUCCAAAUCACAGGCCUAUACAAUGAUGCUGUCUCUGUCUGACCAGGAACCAAUCCAUGCACCAGGCCACAAUUCCACCAGCAUGUGGCACAACAUGGCGAGAGCAGCUUCAGAAUCCACUGCUUUACACUCCAUUAGUCAUGUAUGACAGUUUGGUGGCACCUCCGUGGGACCAAGUCCGACACUUCGCAUGGCUCUUCCAUAUGUGACUGUUUAGGAAAAAAAAUAUAGAAAAGACUGAAGAGCAGGAUGCCUUAUUACCUGCAGGGUCAUCUCAAAUCUUGGUGACCUUAAAUGGAAUAAUUUAAGAAGAAAAAAAAAAGAAACUAUUUAUUCUCAUUAUUUUGUUUUGCACAGAAAAGGCAGCUGCUGGUUUCCUGAGCAAAAAAAUUAAUAAAAAAAAAAAAGACAGAAUAUGAAAACUUUGGACUUUGGGGGACAAUGAGUCUUCCAGCUCAUUCUGUGUUACCUUGACACAUAUACAAGCACUCAAAACUAAAAGAAAAAUAAACAAAAUCCUUUUUUAUACACACUGAUUUACUAAAAGUGUGGCAGAAAGAGUUGCUUCAUUAUAGAAUUUCUAUAACACAAGCUUCCUGUAUUUAAACACUUUGAAAACAGAAGUAGUUAUUUACAAAUGUACAUUAUCACUUAAUGUAGAAAAUAACAGGGAAUCAUUUUGUUCUUUCCUUAAUUGUGUCUUAAUUGUUUUUUUUGGGGGAAAAAGCAAUUAUGUGUAUAUUUGAAUUUUUCAAUGUUCAGUACUCAAAGAGAACUUAAGUCGACAAAGGUCCGUUCUAAUUGCCAAUACCACUAAUAUAUCUUACAGUUUAAUGUUUGCCAAAUCAACGUGUUGACAUUUUAAUUUUAGACAAUCAUGUCAGUGUUUUGACUUUUUUUUUUUUGCCUGUAUACUUGUAUUUAUUUCUUGUAUUUUUUAUUGUUGGCUCCAGAUAGCACUGUUACAUUUCUUUCGUUGUCAAAGGCACUCACACAUUUUGAUUUUGUCUGGAUACAGAUUUAUGUGUGUGGGCAGAUUUUUGUGUUUCAAAUUUUCUAACACAUUAUUUCUUUAAGGUGAAAAUAGAUGCAAUUUUUAGUUUGUUUUUUUUCUUUUCUUUUGUAAUUCAAUUUUGUUCACUUGUACAAAUUGUUUUAAUUUCUUUCAUGAGCUCAUGAUUCUUCUGAUUAAAAUUGUAUUCGUUAUUUUAUGCUGUUUGUCUGUAAGCUUGUGUGUUGUUUUGUUCUUGUUAAUCCUGUUUGUAAAAUGAAGUGUUCCAAUCCUGUUUUAAAAAAGAAAGUGUGAUUUCUUUUUCCAUUUUUUGAGGGACCUAAUUUUUUUUUUCACAUAUUUUUUUUUUUAUAAUCUCAUUUUGAAUAUUUGAGGUACUUUUCUUUGAUUGUUUUGUAUAAUUGUAAUUGUUACACAUUCAAUACAUUAUUUUGGGAGGAGUAAAUACAUGAAAAUAAAGAACUACAAUGU